GUUUAAUCUCCUUCCUUUUGUUACAUUUGGUGUUUUUAUAGUUUAAUGAUCUUUUAAUAUCUUUUACAUAUUUUAAUGAUUGUUUUGUAUUUUUUAAGCAAAACAAUAACAACCAUAAAAACCGUCAACAUGGAUCCUUCCUUUCUUUCACUAAAAUGGCGACCACUCUCUCGCCUACUACUUCCGUCACUCUUCACCACUUCUCCGGCCACCAGUCUCUCAACAAUUUCCGAUCAAAAAGCUACCUGAAUUUCACGAAACUCCAGUGCACCGGAGGAGGAGAUAACACAACAAGUACCGAUUCAUCCGCCACCGGUCAAGUCUCCGAGUCCGGAAACCUACUGCUCAAAACCGCUUGGUAUGGCUCCGAGCUUCUCGGAAUUGCUGCCUCGUUUUUCCGUUCACCAGAGAACAUCGAUGACGGAGCCAAUAGAGGCAUCGAGCUUGCUGGAGAUAGAGUCGGAGUAAUUGAUCGAUCAAUUAUCGUUGAAACUAUCAAAGAGGAUUAUCAGAGGUCGUAUUUCGUCACAGGUGCUCUUACUCUAGACGCAUAUGAAGACGACUGUGAAUUUGCAGAUCCAGCAGGUUCAUUUAAAGGUCUACUUCGAUUCAAAAGAAAUUGCACAAAUUUUGGGUCUCUUAUUGAGAAAUCAAACAUGAAGCUCAUGAAAUGGGAGGAUUUUGAGGAUAAAGGAAUUGGGCAUUGGCGUUUCAGUUGCACCAUGUCAUUUCCAUGGAAACCUAUUCUUUCAGCUACAGGUUACACGGAGUAUUACAUUAGCAAAGAAUCAGGAAAAGUAUGCAGGCAUGUGGAGCAUUGGAAUGUACCAAAGAUGGCAUUAUUCAAACAACUUCUAAAGCCUAGUAGAGGAUUUUGGGGCAACAAGAAACUUGGUUAAACUUUGGCUAUUAUUCAUCCUGUAUAUAUAAUUAUAUAUAUGAUAUAAUUUUAUUCCACAUAACACAGAGAAUUCAUGGAUAUAUAUACGUAGAGCUUUUUACUUAGAAAUUGUACUUAAUUCAUCCUAAAAUGACAACAUAUUAAGUAAAUGUAAUAUAAAUUUCUUUCAUGUACAUACUUGGAAGCAACCAAGUUGAACAACUUAUAGAAGUUGCUAUCACAAGUCAAAUCUAAGUUAUGGUUUACAAAUUUCAUUGUUGAUUGUCGUGGAAGGAAACAUUUAUGAAAUGCUGUUAUGCCAUAUAAUUGAUGUUGUUAC